CCUCCUCCUCUGCCUCCCUCCCCGCCGCCACCAUGAAGAGGGAGAUCCUGACCCUGGCCUUCGCCCGCUCCGUCUUCGUGGAGUUCCUCUCCACCCUCAUCUUCGUCUUCAUCGGCCUGGGCUCGGCGCUGAAGUGGCCCUCGGCCCUGCCCAGCAUCCUGCAGAUCGCCCUGGCCUUCGGCCUGGCCAUCGGCACCCUGGUGCAGGCCUUCGGCCACAUCAGCGGCGCCCACAUCAACCCCGCGGUCACCAUCGCCUUCUUCGUGGGCAACCAGAUCUCCUUCCUCCGCAUGCUGUGCUACGUCCUGGCGCAGCUGGCCGGGGCCAUCGCCGGCGCCGGCAUCCUCUACGGCGUCACCCCGGCCAACACCCGCGGCAACCUGGCCAUCAACGCCCUCAACAACAACGUGACCCCCGGCCAGGCCCUGGUGGUGGAGAUCAUCCUGACCUUCCAGCUGGCCGCCUGCAUCUUCGCCUCCACCGACAACCGCCGCGGCGGCAGCGUCGGCUCCCCGGCGCUCUCCAUCGGCCUCUCCGUGGCCGUAGGACACCUGGUGGGGAUCUACUUCACUGGCUGCUCCAUGAACCCUGCCAGGUCCUUUGGGCCUGCAGUCAUCGUCAGGAGGUUCAGCCCUGCACACUGGCCAGCAAAGGGCCACAGGUAG